UUCCCGUCACGUGACACCAAGCACUUCCUGUUUCUUUUGCAAUAACACACCAUCACGGCUAAUGUUUACAAGUCUUCCAGCCACAGUAAUGUAACGUCCAAAUAGCGUCAGCCAAGUUGUAAUUUGAGCAGCAAUUUCACACCGUACAUACUUCGUCACCAGCCAUGUCAACGCAACAGGGGCCCUGCUUGGCUCACGGUGCGACUUUCCAGCGCAAGCUAGCCUCCAUCAUGGACACGCUCGCCCAAGCCGCCGUGUUGGAGAUCGCCAAACUGUGGGAGGACGCCUUCGCGCUGGUCCACGCCGAGCUGCGCCGGAGAGACCGGGAGGUGGAGGCCUUGGAAAAGAAGUUGCUGGAAAAGCAGCGACAAACUACGAAUGUGUCUCUCUCCAAGAAGGAGAAGCAGCCCAAGAGGCCGCCUCCUCCCACCCUCAGCGACACUGAUGGUCCAGUUUCGGAACCAGUCUGUUCGUCUUUAGAGCAGAACGCCAAAGAAAAGAUGGACCCCUCCACCAAUCACAGAGCAGCAGCAGCUCAGUCAGAGGAGAACCCCAAAUCUCAGACCUGCGCCAGAACUGACGAAGACCUCCCCGUCAAGCUGGAGGAUGAGGACGACGUCAUGAUUGUAGAGCAGCUAAAAGACUACGGGCAUAAUGGCAAUCAACGCGCCGUAGAAGAAAAGGAGAACCACCGGUGGUCCUCGGUUUCCAUGGGAGACAGCGACACCACAGAGGAGUCAGACUACUUUCCGGCACCAAAGUCCCAGAAUCUGGACUCGGAAAUCCUGUUCAUUGAGAACGCCUUAGACCUCCUUGAUGGUUCUGCAGAAGCUGCCUUCUCGGAAAGUUUACUCAUGGGCGCCAGGCACGCCAUGUCCAGUCAGGCCACAGGUGCCGCCACUUUUAGACCGGCACACCCCGGUCAGGACGAGGACAGACCAGAGGCCAUCAGAACUUUUAAUCCACACGACAGAAUCUUCAUCUUCAGCGACUCCCGGCCUCCCAAAGACGCUGCGGGCGGCCGCGUCAAGGAGAAGUGGUUCAUCUGCCAGUUCUGUGGCAAAAGCUUCGACCGGGUCAGCCACCUGCAGAUCCACCAGCGCAUUCACACGGGGGAGAAGCCGUACACGUGUGACACUUGCGGAAAGUGUUUCUCCCAGAGGAGCAACCUGCGCACGCACCAGCGCACGCACCAGGAGAGGUUGACCCAAAGUUCUGGUUUGACUCUCUGACCUUUGCAGUGGAGCUUCACUUUAAACUCAUUACUCAACACUAUUAAUGCAACUUUGGGGGAGAACAGCACAGUGGAAGAGUGGUUGGCACUGAUACGUCACUGCCACAAGUUUUUGGGUUCAAAUCUCAACUUUAUUCGCUUGUGUGGGAUCUCUGCGGCCUUCUGCCUCUCUGUUACAUUGCUAACAAUCUCCAGUGUAACCAUAACAACAAAUAACUGAAUUAUUCACCCAUUUCCUUAAAGCUCCAUACAGACAUGUAUCCAAGCCCCCUUGUCCUUCAUAACAAGAACUUUGUUCAUGCCUGGCUUUGAAGAAUAAAUAGACAAACCCUUGGUUACA